GCAACCCUGUGUAGGCGUGACGUUAGCAACGUAUCCGACGCAUUCCACGUUCGUAUUUUUGAAUGUCGUUAGCUGUUGUUUGCUUCGCAACCAGCGUAACGGUUGUCAUCCUUGGGGUAUAUAGGCCAUAGGCUGCUUGAGUGCAACUGUACAGAUGGGUGACUCUACAGCUUCGGUUGAAGAGGAAGUUUUCGAGGUGGAUGCUAUUCUGGAUGCUAGACAACAACGCCGCGGAAAGAGUCGCAUAUUGCAGAAGGAAUAUUUGGUUCGGUGGAAAGGGUAUGGACCUGAGGGAGAUACUUGGGAGCCGGAGGAGAACUUGGCGGGCUGCGAAUUGCUCCUCGCUGAGUUCGAAGCCAGUCAACAGCGGACUGCGCUGAGGACUAAGGAAGGAAAAGGUGGUAACAACAACAGUGCCACAGAGUUAAUGACAGAUCCUCCGUCUCCAAGGCAGUAUCGCAGUGUACUUGAGGAAUCAGCAAGUAAGACAUUAGAAGCUGCAGAAAUCAUUACGAGGCGACGUCUACCAGUCAGGAGCGAGACUGAGUUUCAGAAUGCUGACAAUGUGAGAAGCACUCCUGCAAAAGCUAAACUGCAGAAGACAACUCCAAACAAACACCAACUGUUUCUCUGGGUAUUUUUGAGUUUGAUCAUCGCUGCUGUUACCUUUCUGGCUUGGUACUAUGAUGGGUGGGUGCAAGUAUUGGUUGACUCCUUAAAAGAAUUGGAAGAAGGAGAACAAGAAAGAAUCAGUGCCCCCACACCUCCACGUUCAGACUUCAAAUCACAUUCUUGAGGAGGUUUGAUGAACUUCUAGAAACACAUGCUCUAUACACAGUCCACUUUCAAGUGGAACAUGCAUGUAAAUACCUGACAUUGUCAUCGCGUUCUUAUUGUUUUUGUAUACAGGUCUCGAGGGAAAAUAAUGUUUACAGAUAGUUUAAUUUUGUAUACCAAUCUCUUUUUUUGGUGGCGGUGCUCAUUACUUUUACUUUACGGUAACUACUUCUGUAGUAGUUGGACCCUCAUCAACUUGUGACCACUCGUGAAUAUAUAGAUCUGUAAAUUGUGUACAAAGUAUAAGAGGCUAAUGCAUGUGACAUGGGCAUUACUGGAUAAGUCUCUCUUGCUUUUUUUAGAACUAUCUUUUGCAUGUCCCCCAAAAUCAUGAACUUAUGUACUCAUGAGUAUGUCUACUCAUGUUUAGGAUUCUUCGUUAUCGGGUUUUAUCACUUUUCAAAUUCAGGGGGUAAAAAUCGGGUGAAUCUUUCUGAAGCAAAUUCGGGGGAAGAAUCUGGCAUUUUCUGUCACGUGCCUUAUGUUAUCGGGAGUUUCCAGGUGAAAAUAAAAUUGUGUGAAUCAAGCAGCCAAGAUGAUUGCACUUCAGUAACAGUUUUUAAAAUUGUAUCCCGAUUGCAAUGCACUGACCUUGACAGAGUACAAAAGACAAGAUGUUACAUGUUUACGAGUGUUUCACCCUGACUUGUUUACAUACAAAAUCGCUUGCAUGCGGAGCAAAUCAUCGUUCAUUUGACACCUCUCGGGCCUCUGAAUCUAGCACAGCUCAGAGAAUGUUCGUUUGGCGUCACAGCUGCCGCAAAGCAUGCACAGCAAACUUUGCGCAACAGGGGCUAAAGCCAGAAAGCAAUCCACAGCAUCAUUCCAAAAUGCACAGGUGUUUUCUUGGGUGCUUAAAGAUUAAGGUUGAUGACAUGGUUCAUCCCUUUCGUGGCGGUGUCUGAAGUUGAAAGACCUCGUGGAAUGCGAGGAGAAAUCUGGUUACUACCAAAUUUCAGAAAGUUGGUUCGGGGUGCAAAUAUCGUGAAAACUUGUUUUUAACCCGAAAACGAAGAACCCUGUUCAUAUUGUAUGUAACACGUUUGACGCAUGAGCACUGAUUUCAAGCUAUGGCAUGCUAGUAGCUUUGGUAUGUUGCUGGAAGUCCUUUCCACAGAACAAACAUAAGAGCAUGCAGAUACUGCAGUAAUAUAACUCUACGUAGAACUGUAUUCAGAUACACUCCCGGCUCUACGUGAACAGAUUUAUUCAGAGCUCCACAUGACUUUGAAUUCCUCUUGUAGCUAGCCACUGCUCGAACAAUUUAUACACUUCACCUAAUCUAAGAUCAAACCUCCAACCUCUUUUGUGAAUUGAAGUUCCCAUUUUUCCAGGCAUUUCUGCCACAAAAUCCAUUUUCCACACAAAAACAGUACUUGAAAUACGAGAAAAACAUGGGUUGAGGCAAAUAAUCAUGGUCAUUGGUGCUGGUAGCUGGCAUUCUAUGUAUUAAAGCAAAUCUCCCAGCCUUUUUUUGUAUAAUCUUACUACAUACUAGCUUCUAAUCUCAAUUUUUCAUUGAAAGCUGCCCUGCACUUAUUUUGCUGCAACAUUGUAGGAGUGAUCACAAUCGUUACGUGUUUUACCCCACAUGGCCUUCCAUACCUGCAGCCUGACUGCAAUGAUUUUGGAGUCCCUGUACAAAAUAAAGACUGGAGUAGAUUUCA